AGUUGUCAGUAGUGCGGCGGCAGCAGUGAACGGAUAACAUCGCAAUAAGCGAUCAAAAAUAAAUAGCUUAACACUUCAAAUCUUGAAGCUAGUCAACACAAGAUGCAGGUGCAUCGCACUAAAUUACUAGCAGCAUCCGGUGGCACAUUGCUAUUUGGCAUUCUAUUCGGCUGGGUUCUAUUUCCACAAAUCUUGAAAUUUAUGAUAUCAAAGCAAGUUACGCUCAAGCCAGGCACGGAUGUACGUGAACUUUGGAGUGCGACGCCAUUUCCCUUGCAUUUCUACAUCUACGUUUUCAAUGUGACCAAUCCCGACGAGGUCGCCAACGGCGGCAAGCCACGUGUGCAAGAGGUCGGACCGUUUGUCUUCGAUGAGUGGAAGGAUAAGUACGAUUUGGAGGACGAUGUCGUUGAGGAUACGGUAUCCUAUAACAUGCGCAACACAUUCUUCUUCAACGAGAAGGCCUCGAGUCCGCUAACGGGUGAGGAAGUGAUUACCCUUCCACAUCCAUUGCUACAGUCCAUUGGCAUAAGCGUACAGCGUGAGCGAGCGGCAAUGAUGGAGCUGAUUGCCAAGGCACUGGCGAUCAUCCUUCCGGAUGCGAAACCAUUUCUGACCGCCAAGUUUAUGGAUUUAUUUUUCCGUGGCAUCAAUGUUGAUUGCUCCUCCGAGGAGUUUGCUUCCAAGGCACUGUGCACGGUUUUCUACACGGGCGAUGUGAAACAGGCCAAGCAGGUCAAUCAGACGCACUUUCUGCUCUCGUUUCUGGGUCAGAGCAAUCACACAGAUGCUGGUCGCUUCACCGUCUGUCGCGGCGUCAAGAACAACAAGAAACUGGGCAUGGUCGUCAAGUUUGCCGAUGAACCGGAGUUGGACAUGUGGCUGGGCGAUGAGUGUAAUCGUUUUGUGGGCACCGAUUCCACCGUCUUUGCGCCUGGCCUAAAGCGGGAGGAUGGUUUGUGGGCCUUUACACCAGACCUUUGUCGUUCCCUGGGCGCUGUCUAUAAACACAAAUCAUCAUAUCAUGGCAUGCCUUCACUCAGAUAUACCCUAGAUAUGGGCGAUAUACGUAUGGAUGAGAAACUGCAUUGUUUCUGCGAUGAUCCCGAGGAUUUGGAAACUUGUCCACUCAAGGGCACCAUGAAUCUAAAUCGCUGCGUGGGCGGUCCACUAAUUGCCUCUAUGCCGCAUUUCUACAAUGGCGAUCCGAAGCUGGUGCAGGAUGUGGAUGGUUUAAAUCCGAACCAGAAGCAGCAUGAAGUCUUUAUUGACUUUGAGCCGAUUUCCGGUACACCGUUUCAGGCUGCCAAACGAAUGCAGUUUAAUAUGGACAUGGAGCCCGUGGAGGGCAUUGAGCCAUUGAGGCAUCAGAGGAAAGUUAUAAUGCCCAUGUUCUGGGUGGAGGAGGGUGUGCAGCUGAACAAGACCUAUACCAAUAUGGUUAAACAUACGCUCUUUCUGGGUCUCAAGUUUAAUGCCGGACUACGUUGGAUGUUGAUUACGUUCUCAUUGAUUGGUCUAAUGUCGGCUGGCUAUUUAUUCUUUAAGGAGUCAGACAGUCUGGACGUAACCAUGCCGCCAAAGAUCAUCAAGGAGUCGAACAAGGUGGCCAAUCAACCAACAUUUGCAAAGCAACAGCAACAUCAAGAUCAGCAAUCACAGUCACAAGCUACAGCAGCACCCAAUGUGCCCAUACCCGGCGUAGAUCUGUCCAAUGUCAAAGUAGAGCUCCGAGAGCGCUUCUAAGACGACUCGCCUUAAUACCAUUGUUGUUGUUGUUGUUGCUUUUGUUGUUAUUAUUGUUAUUGUAUUCUAUAGAUUUUGAAAAAAAAGCACCUGUAGUCCAAUGAGCACGCGCUAAUAAAGUGGCCAACGAAAUGCGACAUCAGCUGUUCAACGGAGCCGUCAAACUGGUUUAGGCCAAGAUCGAUGCACUUGACAAGCGUCGCCAAUGAUUGCCGCUCACUGAGCCCAGACAAGAGAUGAAUGACAAGAGCUCUGCUCUCAAAUGACACAAAUAAUAAAUGUAAUGUGCAACAAUCGGUUCGAUCAUUGCUCGUUUGUCUGUUAACUGUACUCAUACCUAAUGAGAUUUAUUCCAAGCACCAACACUCAUAAGGUCUUUGGAAUUGAAAUGAUGACUAGACGACUCACAAAACCAGAAACGAUCAAUGAAUAUCAAUCAAUAUGUUUUUUGUCCUUAAUAAAAUGUAGUUUUUUAAUAAA